AUGAUUGCCCACAAAGUGCUCUUAAAUUUUCGCCAACUCGCCGUCCGCCCACUAGCCUACAGCACCACCACAAACCAGUCAAACGAGGUGUUCCUAGAGAGAUUGACCGGAAAAGAUGAAGGUUUUUGCUAUUUUUGCUCUAGUUUUUGAGAAAAUUCGCAUUCCAGGCAUCACGUUGGUCACAAUGAAUCGUCCAGCGAAAAAGAACUCAUUGGGUGUUGUGUUUAUGGAUCAAGUGAGUCGAAAUUUAUCAAAUCCCUCAUAAAGACGAGUUUUCAGUUCCGAAAAGUGCUAGACGAGAUCAAGUACGAUCCGAAGACUCGUGUGGUGAUUCUGAAGUCGUCGUGCGACAACGUCUUCUGCAGUGGCGCCGAUUUGAAGGAGAGAAAAACGAUGACGCAGCAGGAGGCCACCCGAUUCGUGAAUGGGCUCCGGGAUUCGUUCACUGAUGUAAAAAAUGCUUCAAUUUUCCACAAAAAUCUCAAGUUUUAGGUAGAAAAGCUUCCGCAGCCAGUAAUCGCCGCAAUCGACGGAUUUGCAUUGGGAGGCGGUUUGGAAUUGGCGUUGGCUUGUGAUAUUCGAGUCGCUUGUACCUAAAAUUUUAACAAAACCCCUAAAAAUUUCAAGUUCUUCAGCGGAAAAGGCGAAACUGGGGCUUGUCGAGACGAAAUGGGCGCUGAUUCCGGGCGCGGGCGGCUCGCAGCGUCUCUACCGCAUAAUCGGCAUCUCCAAAGCGAAAGAGCUCAUUUUCACGGCCGAAGUGCUCGACGGAAAGGAGGCGGAGCGUUUGGGAGUGGUCAACCACGUCGUCAACACGGAUCCGGUCGACAAAUCCCUGGAAAUCGCGCGGAAAAUCAUCCCGCGCGGUCCGAUCGCCGUGAAAUUGGCCAAAUUGGCCAUCAACUUGGGCUCACAGACCGACAUUUCGAGCGCGUUGACUGUGGAGCAACAGUGCUACGCUCAGGUACGAAUUUCCAUAAUUUUUUCCAAAAUUUCAUUAAUUGCAGAUCAUUCCAACAAAAGAUCGUCUGGAAGGCUUGAAGGCGUUCGCCGAGAAGAGAGAUCCAGUGUACAAGGGCGAAUAA